AGGCUCAAGGUAACAGAUGAAAUUGCCUGUGGAAGACUUUGCUUGCAUCGCAAUGGCUGCGUAUCGUACAAUUACCAGUUUGAAAAUGAUAAUGGGAUAUUUCAUAAGUGUGAACUUAAUUCACAAACGAAGGAGGCAAAGCCAGAGGCUUUCCAAGAAGUGCGUGGCUUCCUGUAUUUUGGGUCUUUAUACGAAAGAGAGGUUGGUAUAUUAAGCAACUUAAUUGAGAGGCAAGGAGGAUGACAGAAUCAGUGUAGAGUCAGCAUGGUCUGUCUUGCUUCUUAAAUUUAUUUGUUGUACAAAAAUUUCCUGACUAGAGACAUCAUGGUUUUCUUACUAUAGUAUUGUAUGCUGGUUCUGUCUACAUAUGUAUUCGACACAGGCCACAACUCAAACAAAAAUACAAACAACAAAGCAACAAACGGACAACCAAUAAGCUACUAAAGUUACUGUGUCUCCGUUUCAAAUGUUCGAAUAAUGUGUGUUUUGGUAAAAUCUAAAGGAGAUAAACUAUUAAUUAAGCAAGCUCACUGACCCCAAUUCCAAGUAUACAUGAGCGCCGUCUCUUUAAUUUCCCCUCGAAUCCUACAGUUUUGAUUCAGCAAUCAGUACCUUAAAGGGUUAUUUUAGUCGUGUCUCAUCUGGACUAAAACUAAAGAAAGCCUUAGUAGCCAAAUGGUAGCCUAUCAAGUGCUGAUGAACUCAUUUAUAAUGAAGUUCAAUGUUUGAUUCAGUAAAAUCUUGGGCAUAUAUAUUCAAUAUCGAGCUGAUACAUCAUUCAGUGAUAGUUGUAUAACUUUUACUUAUGAAUCCUUCAGCCACGUGUAAGGUUUAAUUCCGGAUUCCGGAAUCCUUGAAAUGUUUGCUUGUGAAAUCCGGAAUCCAAGAAUUAUUUCUUUUGGAACCCGCAAUCACUGGUUUUGGAAUCCGGAAUUCUGAGCUCAAGGAACCCGAAAUCCCGCUAAAGAUUAGAAUCAGGAGGAAUCCAGUACCUGGAAUCCGGAAUUCACAGCGCGGAAUCCAGAAUCCAACAUGACUGUCUUGGAUUACCUUACGUGGUGCGAAACCCUGUUUCUAUAUGUAGACUAUGUAACUAAGAGCGUUAAAUAACUUACUGUCUAUAGGUUUUCAGGGAGGGCCAAUCAGAUACCAAGGAGGAGAGUAGGACUCUUAAUGCGUUUUUUUUCUUUCUUUGUUACUACAGAAAGGCACUGGUUGCGCGCAUAACAACUGUUAUAAUGGCGGUACAUGCGUGGACAUUUGUCAUGGGGAGAUGUUUUACUGUCAGUGUCCUAAGCUGUUUCGUGGUAAACAUUGCGAGAGGCCAAAAGGUAUUGUGUAAGAAAACGUGCAUUAGCGCAUUGAAUGCAUUGAUAAAUAAAACUCAUUAGUAAGAUACGGGUAAACUUAAAAAAAAGAUAAAUGUAAAACUCGUACAGCCAAACGUGAAGCACGUUAGAUAAUAACCGACUGAAUCAGUGCAAAUGAUGGUGGAGGGUGGAGUAUGAAGUAGUGAUAAGAACGUGAGCGAACAUCCUGUCACUUACUAAAAGGCCCCUGCAGCUCCUAACGCCUUUAGAUAGUGAGGCUCUCUAGUAAGAAAUAAGGCGAAGAAAAGACUAGAAAGCACUUGCGGAACUUACAGGCAACAGUUCUUCAAAAAAAGCAUAUUAUUACCGUCAGCUAGGCCACAUUAUGCACCAGAGUUGUUUGCUCACUUCUUGUUGACUUUAUUGAUAACUAUAUGUGAAAUUCAGCUUCAACAAUUCACUAAGUCAGUAACAUAACAAAGGAAGAGACAAUGAGGAGUAGGCAAGCUAGCUAUUCGAUCUUUGCUAGUGGAGCGCGGGCACAGGCCGGGUCUCUCUGAGGAGAAACCCUGGACACGAGGUUUGAGGCACAUGCUGCUUGCGCUUAUUAUACUUGCGUCGCAUAAAAAUAAGUUAAGACUUAAUUGACCUUCUCACAUGUUUGUGUUUAUUUUGUACCUUUAGCAAUAGCGUGAGUAGGAUUUUUUACCUCACGAUAUGGCCCUGAAAACAGUUCUAAAACGCCGUACAUCGACAAAUCGCGCGGCGCGCAACUUCAAACUAUAUUUACAAUUCUGGGAAGUAAAAUAAAGAAAAUUUUCCGCUUUUUUUUCACAGCACACAGCUGUAAAGAGUUGAUGGAACUUGGUGAUAUAACAGACGGCGUCAAGCGAAUAGCGCCUGAUGACAGCGGAGAUGAUGUUUUUGUAUACUGUGACCAAACUACAGAUGGUGGUGGGUGGACUCUGUUCCAAAGACGCUCGAGUCCUUUCACAAACUUAUUCUCCAAAAACUGGGCAGAAUACGAAGCAGGCUUUGGCGAAGUUAACUCGUCUUUUUGGCUUGGAAACAUGGUCUUGUCGCGCCUCACAGCAACACCUGUAAAGCUAAGGAUCGAACUUAAAGAGAGCAGCAGUAACCAGCAGGGAUUUGCUGUAUAUCAAGACUUCUCGAUAACCGGACCUGAGGAUAAUUAUCGCCUCAGUGUAGGGUCUUAUGUCGGAAAUAUCGGCAACGCAAUCAGCGGUCACCCGAACCAUGCGUCUAUGGAAAACGGAAUGCAAUUUUCGACAACAGAUCGAGACAACGAUGUUGCUAACCUGGCCAACUGUGCAAGUGUGAACGGAAAUUCUGGAUGGUGGUUCCCUCACUGUGGUCACGCAAAUUUGAACAGGGUUGGCAAUUUACCACAAUGGGAUGACUGGAAAUAUUUUGCUACAAUCAGUUAC